AUGGGUCACAAGUGGAGGAAAAAGUGGGUCACAUGUGGGGGACAAGUGGGUCAUAAGUGGGGGACAAGUGGGUCAUACGUGGGGGAUAAAGUCACCCAGCACUUGGAGGAAACCCAUAUCCGCUCCCACGCGACGGGCAGGAUCAUGUGCAGGAUAGCAGGAUAUCCGCCGUGCGAUGUCCAGUGGUACAAGGACUGGGUGCCUCUCCAGAAGAGUCGCAACAUGGCUGCAAAGAGCAUGUGGGGACGCGACAUGUUCAAGGUUUGGAUGCACAUGGAACAUGAGAUGAUGAACCUGGCCAACUCGAGCCGACAUGUUUGUCGUCUCUACGACGCCUACGAGAGCCAUAAGAACAUGGUGCUCGUCAUGGAGCUGUGCGCGGGAGGGGACCUCCUGAGCGCCCUCACGCAGCACCAGUACCUCACUGAGUACCAGGUGGCGCACUUCAUCAGGCAGGUACUCGAGGGCCUUGAGUACCUUCAUGACCGCUGCAUAGCGCACCUCGGCCUUAAUAUCGGUGACAUCUUGCUGACGCGCCCCAACGGGACGGACAUCAAGCUCUGUGACCUGUCCCUCGCCCGCACCAUCCGCGUCGCCAAGCUCCAGCCCCUCGAGUAUGGAAUGCCUGAGUACGUGGCCCCCGAGGUCGCCCUCGGGAAGGGGGUGUCUUACCCCGCCGACAUGUGGGCUGUGGGGGUGAUAACCUACCUGCUGCUGAGUGGUACCUCCCCAUUCAGGGGUGAGAACGACCGCGAGACCCUGACGAAGGUGCAGAAAGGCGAGNUAUACUACAAAAUACUGUACUAUUAUUAA